AUGCUGAGCCUGAAGCUGCCCCAGCAGCUUCGCAUAGACCAGGUGCCUCAGGUGUUCCAUGAACAAGGCAUCCUCUUUGGCUACCGGCAUCCCCAGAGCUCUGCCACCGCCUGUGUCCUCAGCCUCUUCCAAAUGACCAAUGAGACCCUCAACAUCUGGACUCACCUGCUGCCCUUCUGGUUCUUCGUGUGGAGGUUUGUGACUGCACUGUGUGUGACUGACAUCCAGAACGACAGCUACUCCUGGCCCAUGCUUGUGUACAUGGGCACCAGUUGCGUGUACCCUCUCGUGUCCAGCUGCGCACACACCUUCAGUUCCAUGUCCAGAAACGCCCGGCAUAUCUGCUACUUCCUGGACUAUGGCGCCGUCAACCUCUUCAGCCUGGGCUCAGCCAUUGCCUACUCAGCCUACACGUUCCCAGACGCACUUGUGCGCACCACCUUCCACGACUGCUACGUGGCCCUGGCGGCACUCAACACCAUGGUCAGCACCGGCCUCUCCUGCUACUCCAGGUUCCUUGAGAUUCAGAAGCCCCGGCUGUGCAAGGUGCUGCGAGUCCUGGCCUUUGCGUACCCCUACGCCUGGGACUCCCUCCCUAUCUUCUACAGGCUGCUCCUGCCCCCAGGGGAGAGUGCGCAAAACGAGGCCACCCCAUACCACCAGAAGCACGUGCUCCUCACACUGCUGGCCUCCUUCUUGUACUCCGCACACCUGCCCGAGCGCCUCGCCCCUGGACGCUUUGACUACAUCGGUCACAGCCACCAGCUGUUCCAUGUGUGUGUGAUCCUGGCCACACACCUGCAGAUGGAAGCCAUCCUUCUGGACAAGACGCUGAGAAGGGGCUGGCUCCUGGCCAGCUCCAGGCCCCCCUCCUUGCCCCAGAUGGCUGGGGCCUUGCUCCUGUGCGCCGUCUUCAGCCUCGGCAACAUCGGCUAUUUCUCAGCUGCUCUGUAUCGGGUCCCUGACCCGGAACCACAUAAAAAGGAGACAUGA